AUGCUAUAUAAAGUCUUAACAAAAAUUUCAUAUUUUGAUAGGUUUCAAGCUGAAGUGAAGUUAAAUUCAAGAAAAAAAGAGACUCAUUAAUCUCCCUUUGGAGGUUUCUGUACAAUUUUACUAGUCUUAGUUUUGACAGUGAUAUUCAUCCGAGGAGUAAUUGGUUUGAUAAAAAAAGAAACAUUCACUGUAUCAAAUAUAAUUAAUCUAAUAAGAUAUCUUCCACCAAAAUACUCAAUGUUAAUCCUCCAAUCACUUAAAUCUAAUUUUAUGAUUUAAGUGAUUCCAUUUCAAGCAGAAAAUCUUAUUGGAAAUGGAACCAAAAUAUUAGUUAAUCUCAUAUUUACCUCAAAUACGUAAAUGAUGAAUGA